AUGACCACCAAAGAAGGCCACGUUUGGACCGCUCAGAAUGGUCUCCGCUCUGGUUUUCCAUGCUUAGGUGCUAUAAAUCCAGUCCAACUUCAAGCCCCUCGGUCCAAUGAAAUUGUCGAUACAAUUGUUAUUGGGUCUGGAUAUGCAGGUCUUGUUGCCGCAAGAGAUCUAACUAUUCAAGGUCAGCAUUUGCCAAUUGAAUUCUUUUCCAACUUCGCUCACACUUUUAGAGCAGGCAAAUCUACGUUCCUUGUCGAAGCACGCGAUCGCAUCGGUGGACGAACCUGGAACGGAGUUGUGGAUGGUUUCAAUUACGAGAUGGGCGGAACAUGGAUCCAUUGGCAGAUGCCGCACAUAUACCGCGAGAUCUCUCUGUAUGGAAUGCAUGACGAACUCAUUGUCACUCAGGGAGAAGGAGGGACUCAUGAUUAUUUCACUCUCAAAGGUGCGGACAAAGAGAUCAACAUGUCUCACGAGGAAGAGUUGACAAUGUUCGGCAAAGUAUGGGGGCUUUUCUGCAAUGUGGAUGGCGUACGAGCCACCGCUGCAAUGCCCUACCCAUUUGACUCCAUGUAUAACCGUGAAGUCAUGGAGCAGGUCGAUCGUCUUUCAUGCAAAGAUCGACUUGAUGCUAUUCGUGGUCAGCUGACAGAAGAUGAGGCAGUCAUGCUAGAAGCCAUUCUUCACCAGAUGGGUGGUGGACCACUGGAUAAAAUGGGUCUCCUUGAUGCUGUGCGAUGGUGGGCGCUUGGAGGUUGGGCAGGAACUGGUAUCAAUGACAUUGGUCUGCGCUAUCGUCUGCGCAAUGGACAAAGCUCACUGGCGAAACGUAUCUUUGACCAUGCGCUUGGCACCGGGAAGCUCUCUUACGUAUUUUCGUCACCCAUUGCUCAUAUCUCGCAGGAUAUGAAAGGAGUCGUCUCGGUAACAAGCCGCGCAGGAACUACAUGGAAAGCAAGACAUGUCAUCUGCACAAUUCCUCUCAAUGUUCUGGGAGACAUCAGCUUCUCUCCUCAAUUGUCGAUAAGAAAACAGCAGGCAUUUAGGGAAGGAUCCACAAAUCACUGUAACAAAGUCCACUUUGAUGUGGCUGGAGAAGGCAUGGUAGCGUGGACAAACAUGACUUGGCCUGGCAAGGGAGUCAUAUGUGCCAUAGCGGAUAAUUGUACCCCAGCCGGAGACACCCAUUUGGUUGCUUUUGGACCAGCUCCAACUCUCGUGAACGGAAUUCAGCUGAAGGACGGGAUUGAGGGAGUGACUCGUGCCUUGGAACACGUUUUGCCAGAAGGACAGGUCAUCAAACGUGUGGUCUACCAUGAUUGGAACCAGGAUGAGUUUGCUAAGGGAACAUGGUGCUACCUACCUCCAAACUUUGCUACUCGCUACCUGGAUGAUCUUCGGCGCCCGCACGGGAAUGUCUUCUUUGCUAACGCGGACUGGUCAGACGGAUGGCGUGGAUGGAUUGACGGUGCUGUUGAGCAAGGCACACAGGUCGCGCUACGUGUUGUUCAGGCGCAGAGCGAAAUGCUGAAACAAAGGAACAGUCACUUAUAG